UCUAGUAAUCUAAGCUAUUGGAAUCCAUCAGCUGUUUAGAAACAUUUUUCGCCUUCCUGUCGCGUUUCCAAAUUUCCAAAGGAAGAACUGAAUAGACCCGUAUCAGAAAUGUCCGCCGGAGUGGAGGACAUCAAGCUGGAAGCCCUGUCCCUCAGCGAGGGGAUCCGGAAGUCGCCCGUCUGCAUAAUUGUGCUGGGGAUGGCCGGCAGCGGCAAGACCACGUUUACUCGGAGUCUUAUACAGCACGCCCAAGAGAAGUUCAAUCCGUACGUGGUUAACUUGGACCCGGCGUGCCGGGAAGUGCCGUACGCUGCCCACGUGGACAUCCGGGACACGGUCAACUACCGGGAGGUGAUGAAGCAAUAUCAGUUGGGUCCAAACGGCGGCAUAGUGACCGCCCUAAACAUGUUCACCACCAAAAUGUCUCAGUUUGCGGAACUAGUGCGUCGCGCCGGCGAGCGGGGCCACAAGUGGUGUGUGAUCGAUACGCCUGGACAGAUUGAGGUUUUCACCUGGUCUGCAUCCGGAAACAUUAUCACCGAGGGUUUGGCCACCAUGUUCCCCACCAUAGUGGUCUAUGUUAUGGAUGUGGUGCGCAGCGCCUGUCCCACCACGUUCAUGUCUAACAUGCUCUACGCCUGUUCCAUCCUGUACAAGACACGAUUGCCAUUCCUGGUGGCGCUGAAUAAGAUCGACCUGCAGGACUGCAGCUUUGUGCUAGACUGGAUGACAGACUUCGAGACCUUCCAGGAGGCUCUGGAGCAGGAGCAGACCUUCGUAAGCAACCUCACGCGCACCAUGUCGCUCACUCUAGACACCUUCUACGAGAGUCUAAGCACUUGCGGCGUUUCGGCCAUGACGGGCGUGGGCUUUGCCCAGCUCCUGAAGAAAAUUCUUGACUGCGUGACGGAGUAUGAGCGGGACUACAAGCCCGUGUACGAGAAGAUGCGCCAGGAGCGAUUGGCGGAGCAGGCAGCGGGUCCCAAACCUGCCGACAAUGUGGAAGAUGACGGCGUCCCAGUUAACCUGGGAAGGGAUCUGCAGGAUCCACCUGCGAACUCCGGAACCAGCGUAUUUCUUAUGGCUCCUGGUCUCGUGCCCCAAUCCGCCGAGAAUGACAAGGAAGAGGAUAUGGAGGAAGACCCGAAGGGCACCAUGGAGGACCAGGACUUUCACAGCUUCGUGCUGAAUCACCUUACUGCCCAGCAGAGCAAGCGGGACAAGUUGCAGCUAGAACAGUCUCAGACUUAGAGUGAUAUGGAACCCAUUUCAGUUAGUAUCUUUUAAUAUAGUUUUCCAUAAAAAUACAUCAGCGGUCGGCAAGCAAUACAAUGACGGCAGAGACCGAGCAGAACUGUUUCCUAAGCCUAUGCCUAUGCUUCAUUGCGAAGCGGCCGUCCGCUGAUAUAGAUAUUAUAGUCAUACAUUUUUGCAUGAUUUUCAAUGUGGAAAUCAAGGGAGAUUAUUUUCCUUGAGAUAUGGAAUCAAAUACUUAAUUUAGGACACACGUUUUCCAUUGUUUUGAGAUUUCUUCUUUAUUAUGCACUUUAACAAGCAAAAACAUUCAAUAUAGUGUGUGUGUUUGUCAUCUCCGGUCGGAUAUCUGUUUUGUGUAUAUGGAUUUAGUUUAGCUUUGCAAAUUAGUGAUAACAUAUACAUAUGGAGGAUAUAUCCCGCUUGUAAAUGUAAAUGCAAGCCUUAUACUUUGCGUAACAUAUUUUUGUAAAUAUAUAUAUAUAUAUAUAUAUAUAUAUAUAUAUAUUAUGUAUAUAUUAUGUGUGUAUAUAUGUUGAGCAAAUCAAUUUUGCGUUGCGAGUGCCCCGCCCGAUAUCUUAUGCUAUAUAGUUGCUUCUCUGGAGUUGUUUUUUUUAUUAUUGGUUGUCGCUUUAAAUAUUAGGCUUACAAAAAUACAGAUCAUCUCAAAUACUUGUCAAUGCUUCACAGUUAUACACAGUUUAUGUAGACAUACAAUAGUCCCUCGCUACAAACUCUA